AUGGCGUUCUUGUUCAAGAGGAAUCCCAAGACGCCGUCAGAGCUGGUGAGGAUGAUGAACGAGCAGGUCACCAAACUGGACACUGCUCAGGAUAAGAAGAAGGUCCAAGAUGAAGUCUCCAGAUACUUACUUCAGAUCAGAGAGAUUCUACUUGGUGAUGACGAAGGCGAUAUUCAUCCAGAUCAAAUAGCACAGUUAGCCCAGGAAGUUUAUAGCACGGAUUGCUUAUAUCUUCUGGUGUACCAUCUCUCGCGGCUGGAGUUUGAUUCACGAAAACACGUAGUAACGUUGUUUUCGAUACUUCUUAGAAGGGAAGUAGGAAACAGAUCGCCAACCGUGGAUCAUCUGCUGGCAAGGCCACGGACACUCACGUGUCUUUUCAGUGGACCAGAGACUCCUGAAACGGCUCCAAUCACGGGAUCUAUAUUGAGGGAGUGUAUCAAGUACGAUUCUAUUGCACGCUUCUGCUUGAAAGACCCGAUCAUAUGGGAUUACUUCGGCUACUGCCAAACGGGCACUUUUGAGAAUGCCACGGAUGCAUUUGACACCCUCAGAGACUUGCUCACGGUGCAUAAAAAGUGCGCUGACGAGUUCUUUCGCGAGAAUCUGGAGCGGUUCACUCAGGAAUUCAACUCCUUGAUGAGUUCUAAGAACUAUGUCACUAAGAGACAGUCUAUCAAACUUCUGUCGCAGCUGCUUUUGCAGAAGGAGAACCAGUUUUUCAUGACAUCAUACGUGAAUUCUCCACAUAACUUGAAGCUGGUAAUGAUUCUGCUGGGGGACAAGUCCAAAAACAUCCAGUACGAAUCGUUCCAUGCCUUCAAAGUUUUUGUGGCCAAUCCCAAGAAGACCAAACCCGUUAGUGAUAUUCUGAUCAAGAACAGAGACAAGUUGCUCGUGUUUCUGAAGGAAUUCGAUUCCGGAAAGAAGGAGGACAGGAGUUACGUCAAUGAAAAGGAGUUCGUGAUUGGCAAAAUAGAAGAGCUACCGCGGCUCUUAUCAAGUUCCACAGACCUCACCAACUACGAGGAUGCUGAGGGCAACAACGCAAGCAUCAACAAGACAUAG